AUGGGUAAAUUAUUAAAGCCUGGCCGUGUUGUUAUUCUCUUGUCAGGCCGCAGAGCAGGCUGCAAGGCCGUCGUGGUCCAAACCAACGAAAGCUCCAGCAAGAAGAGGCCAUACUUAAACUGUCUUGUAGCAGGUGUUGAAAAGGCACCAAUGAAGGUUACCAAGAAGAUGCCAAGCAAGAAGGUUGAGAAACGACUUAAACUUAAAGCCUUCGUUAAAUACGUUAACGUUAACCAUUUAAUGCCCACAAGGUAUAUGGUUACGACAACGUUGGACCCCAAAUCCUUGGUGUCAGACGAGCAGAUGGAGAACAAGUCAUCGAGAAAGGAGGCAAGAAAAUCCGUAAAGGCUGUUUUGGAGGAGUGCUUUUCGAAGCCUGAAAACAUCGACCCAACUCAGAAGGGAACGAGAGAUACGGCCUUUUUAAGAAAGAAACUUAGAUUUUAA